GCGGCUGGAGCAGUCAGAGGGACGGCCCUGUGUUCAUUGUACAGCAAGCUGCACACUUCCUCCGAGGUGCUGGGCGUACGCAGCGACGGCACGGGCCGCGCUGCAGUGAUCGCAGCGCUGACGGAAGCCUCCGUGCCCUGCGCCGCCAGCGAGGCGGCCAUGGCACUCCUGCGCGGGGCGGUGGUGACGGUGGCAGCCGAGUCUCAAGCGGCCGCAGAGCUGCAAUCCAUGGUGGAAGGGCUGCCGCGGGAGCUGAUCCAGGUCGUUGAGCCUGGCUCGUGGUCGGCGCUUCCCCCGACCCACACGCUGCGGGCCUGCGGCGUCCAGGCCUCUGCCCUGUGGUGCGACUCUUUCCCGCCCAAAGACUUUGGCGGCUGGGUGUCAGGCUCCGCCCAAACCUUCGCGACGGCACAUGGCAUGGCCAGGAGCGUAGAUGCCUUGACGUUGGCCCGGACAAACAUGGAGACGCUUGCGAAGCUGCCGCGUUCCAUCCACCACCUCACCCAGGAGGCCGCUGACCUCUCCGCACUGCUGGCGACAUCCACGCCGCCCUCCGUCGAGGUGCCAACCGUGCCAGGCCUCCCGCCGCCACGCUGGGCGCGGAGUGCUUAUGAUCGAGGCAUGGAGGAAAUUCACGACGCCUUGGACUUGUUUUGGGCCUUCGGCGAACUCCAGGACCCGCCGCUGCUGGGCCCGGCCAGGAAGCAUUUUCUCCUCACCACAUCCAGCGAGAUCUCAGAGGAGAUUGUGAAAGCCGCGAUCCUCACGGCACUGGGCCCCUGGAAGGAGCUCAUCACGCUGCAUGCGAUUGGGCUUGGCUCCGCUGGGCUGAGCCGGGACCCUUUGAAAGGCUUCUGCCGCCUCGUGGAGUCCGGGCGUGAAAAUCUGGAGUGGGCCUUGCACGAACACGACUCCGCCACGGAGUUCCUUGAAUGGCUGGGCGACGGAGCGCCCACACGCGAGCCCGCGGUGUUCUUUGGCAAGCUCUGGGGCCACGAAGAGGAGCUCCGUCGCACUGUGGCGGCCAGCGGCGGAGCAAUAUGGUCGGGGCUUUGGGCACCAGAGCCCUUCGAGUGGCUGCGCAGGUGGUCGCUUCCGGUCCCUGAUGGAGCGGCCUCCUGCAGCAGAAGGGACGUGACCUGCGCGAGGGUCGAAGGUCUUCGCUAUCCGCCUCGCGAUGAGUAG